AUGAUAGCAACUGGAGGAGUCAUAACAGGACUGGCUGCCUUAAAAAGGCAAGACUCUGCCAGAUCUCAGCAGCAUGUAAAUCUUGCCGCAGCACCAGCUUCUGAGGAGAAGAAGCCAGUUAGACGCCGGCCCAGGGCAGAUGUAGUAAUUGUCAGGGGCAAAAUCCGUCUCUAUUCUCCAUCGGGAUUCUUCCUUGUUUUGGGAGUGCUUAUUGCAUUCCUGGGAAUCGCAAUGGCCAUCCUUGGAUACUGGCCCCAAAAGGAACAGCUUUUAGGAUCUGAAGAUCAUCUAUCUGUAAAUGAAACCCAGGUCCUGAGAAGCCAAGGAAGCAUUUUACUUCGUUUCUUUGAACAGCACGUGCACUCUGAUAAGAUGAAAAUGCUGGGCCCUUUUACUAUGGGCAUUGGAAUCUUCAUUUUUAUUUGUGCAAAUGCCAUUCUGCAUGAAAACCGUGACAAGGAAACAAAAAUCAUACACAUGAGAGACAUAUACUCCACUGUAAUAGACAUCCACACCCUGAGAAUCAAGGAACAAAAGCAGCUGAGCAGUGCUUUCACUGGCUUGUUGGGGGAAGGAGAACUCAGGCACAGUGGGAGCUCGUGUGCGUCACGGCUGGCUGCGAACACAGUUGCGUCUUUCUCUGGCUUCAAGAGCAGUUUUAGAAUGGAUAGUUCUGCUGAAGAAGAGGAGAUUACCCUAAACGAAGAUAGGACUGCCGGUAGCCUCCUGCCACCUCUGCUGACUGAGCAGUCUGGUUCAGUCUUUGGACUUUACCCUCACUCCAGCAAGGCUUCAGAUGACAAAAACACUAGCUCUAUAAAGUGUGAAACAAAAUCCAUUGUAUCAUCUUCCAUUAGUGCUUUCACACUGCCAGUAAUUAAACUGAAUAACUGUGUUAUUGAUGAGCCCAGUAUAGACAACAUAACCGAGGACUCGGAGAUCACUAGGAGUCGGUCUAGAAAUCUGUCGAUGGAUUCUCUGCCCAUUCCACUAACUGAUACCAAUGAAUCCUACAGACCGGCCGCUACCAUGCUGCCACGACACAAUUCCCUUGUGGACACCCCAUCUGAUCAGUUCAAGUCUUCUAUGACUCUCGGACCAAGCACGGGAAAGCUUUUAUCCCCUGGCGCUGCCAGAAAACAGUUUGGGUCCAACACAUCUUUGCAUCUUCUGUCUUCACACUCGAAGUCCCUGGACUUGGACAGAGGUCCGUCUACGCUCACUGUCCAAGCUGAACAGAGGAAACACCCCAGCUGGCCCAGACUGGAUCGGAGCAACAGUAAAGGAUAUAUGAAACUCGAAAACAAAGAGGAUCCGAUGGAUAGGUUACUUGUGCCACAAGCAGCAGUCAAGAAAGACUUUACUAAUAAGGAGAAGCUUCUUAUGAUAUCAAGAUCUCAUAAUAAUUUGAGUUUUGAACAUGAUGAGUUUUUGAGUAACAACCUAAAGCGGGGAACUUCUGAAACAAGAUUUUAAUAUUUAAAUUGCAGUUUACAAGAUGUCAUACAGUAUUUUUUAAAAAAACAUUUUGACAAGCAUUUCCUUUUCAGUGAGACUAGUACAAGCCUGUUUUUAACCAAAUGCUUAAUAGCCCAUUAAAAUUGGCAUCUGUGAACAGAGAUCUUCACCUUUGUAAUGCCAAGAGUUUUUUGUCUUAGUAACAUACAGCUGCAAUACUGUACAUUGUCAUUGCUCAGAGAGUUUUGGUACGACUGAUUCCAAUUUUUCCCAAGUCAUUCUUUCUUUUGUUCUAUAUAAGCAUGUUACUUUUUAUCAAUUUGACUCCAGAAGCCUGCAUUAGGAAA